AUGCAUUUCCCCUGGGCGGAGGUAGACUGGUCCCUGCCGCUGGACAGGAGCGACGGCCUCGAAGGUUCCGAGAAAGUGGACAACACGUUUGCAGGCUUGACGGUGCUACUGGCGCACCGUGGGUCCGGGCUGGCCACGAUCUACUUUGCAGGUGCCGGACGUGUCAAAGGCCGCUGUUACCUCGGCCUUCUUGUGGGCAUUCACCUCCUGGGAAUGUAUUUGGACCUUACAAUGUUUGAUUUCCAGCAGCGGUACUGGAACCUGUACCAGCAACCCAGUCUGCCGCUGUUCUUCGAGUUGAUCCGCAACUGGUUCAUUCUGCACUUUGCACGCAUGAUCACCUACGUAUAUGAGUUCUACGUGGAGGACAUGUUCUUCCUGCACUGGCGGGACCAUUUGACAAGGUACUUUGAAGCAAUCUGGGUUCCGAACACCUACAUCUUCAAGAUGCAGGAAGGGCAGAAGUUUGACAAUCCAGACCAGCGCAUCCACGUCGACAUCGUAAGCUUCAUAUCGCAGACUUACUCCCUGACUUUUGGAGUCUUGAAGGUGUUGGUAAACCUCGGGAUGUACACCUACAUGCUGGCAAAGAUCACCCCUGCAUCUAUGCACUGGUCUUCGCUUGUGGGGACGGCGCUUCUUUACUCCACAGCUGGCUCCAUAGUCAUGCACCUCCUGGGCUCUGACUUGGCGCAUUUCAGCUGGCUUGGAGAGCGCCUUGGAGGUGACUUUCGCUCGGAGCUGCGGCGGGUAUACGAUCAGAGCGAAACUGUGGCCAGCCUCAGAUCAGAGGAGGCUGAGCUAGGGCGAUUGCAGCACAGCUUCGAGCGCAUCAAGUUGAACACGUGGCUGUCCAUGCUUCUGGAAAAGCGGCUCAACAUCUUCCAGAAGUGGUACAGCCCGCUGAGGGAGGUCUUGUUCAUGUGCCUCCUAGCCCCCUUCUUCAUCCGGGGCCAGGUCAGCCUCGGCCGGCUGAAGCAGUGCGAGACGGCUUUGGACAGGAUCAGUGAUGCACUCAGCUUCCUGGUGGACAACUACUCCAAGCUCUCAAGCUAUCGGGCGACUGUGGACCGUCUUUACAAUUUUCGAGCCAGCUGUUUGUCCUACCUGAAGCCGACGAAGGGGGCUGAGGACAGCCAGGAUGGCAUAGACGCUGAUGUCAUCACGCGCCUUGCCCCACGUGGCAUCCCAUCACGUUGGCCUCGACUUCUUGGGGGCAUCGAUUCCAAGGAGCCGCCUGAGGCUGGAGCGCGAGAGGCGAUGGCGGUGACUCGUACAGACGCGCUGGAGCUGCAAGUGCGCGGCCUUCGCUUGCCUUCUGGGGAGAUUCUUUUCGACCAUGUGGAUUUUGAGGCGGCCUCAGGUGACAUGGUCUUACUGUGCGGAGAAGAGGGUGCUGGCAAAUCCACCCUCUUGAGGGCCCUGGCUGGCAUUUGGCCCUACAUGGACAAUCAGGAGGGGUCGGCUGUAUGUCGGGAGGAUCUGGUGCUUAUCCCUCAGAAGCCACGCUUGCCAAUGCCAAUGACCAUGCACGAAGCGGUUGCAUUCCCUCACGCUGCGGAGCGCUACACAACGGCCGAAGUCCAAAGUGCAUUGGAGCAGGUCGGCUUGGGAGAGUUGAUGCUCAAAGGCUUAGAUGUCCAGAUGGAUGUCAACAGCACUUUGUCUGGUGGUGAAUUCCAGCGAUUGCUAGUGGCCCACUGCCUCGUGGCAAAGCCGUCUUGGGUGCUUCUGGAUGAGUCCAUGGCUCACAUGUCGGCAGGAAGCCGGAGUGAGCUUUAC